AAAAGGCGCGCAGGGUUGUGCUCACCCGGACUGCAGAGCUGGGGUGGCUGCUUAGCUCGCAUUUUAAGGGGAUUGCUCCAAGCAGGUCCAGGCAGCGGCAGACAUCCCGACUCCUCCUCUUUUUCUUCCUCCUCCUCCUCCUCUUCCUCCUCCUCCUCCUCCUCCUCCUUGUCCUUGUCCUUCCCUCCUCCUCCUCCUUUCCUCCUCCUGCCCACCUCCUCUUUUCUCUUGAUCUGCUUCGUCCUCCUCCUCUUCCUCCUCCUCUUCAUCCUCGUCCUCCCUUUCCUACCCUGCUCCUCCCCAGUUACUCACGCGUCUCUCUUUGAAGGCCAGCUACUUCGGAUCCACCAAAGGCACAAUAAGCAAAACAGGGUGCAUUUGGAGACGCGGGAUACUUAGGGUUGGGGGGAGGAGUUGCUCUUGGAAAGGGGGCUCAUCAUUACCUUCAUCCCUUGACUCUCUCUCUCUCUCUCUUGCCUGCCUUUUGGUAUUCCCUAGCUCCUCCCCUUCCCUCCCCUCCCUGGGAGAGGCACCGGCGGAGUUUGAGGAGGUAGAGAACCCAGCCUCACAGACUUUGCUACCUCCUGGCUUCGCGCAGCGCGUAUAGCCGAGGGCUUUAGCCCCUAACCCCGAAGCCAAACGAUCAUGCCAACCGACUGAGGGAACACAGAGGGGGCGUUGGCCAUUGCCCUCCUCCUUAGGUCCCGGGGCUCGACAUCUAACCACCGCUCUCGAGCCUCCCUUUUUUCCUCACCAAUACCCCGCAGUUCUGUCCCUCAGUGACCGAGACCUCUAGAUAUGUAGGUGCCCAGGCCUGGGGCACGUCCGGAAGGGGACUCGGGCAGACCAUGCGCAAAGAACCGCUCCCUUCAGCCGGCUGCUCCAAGCAGCGCUGACAGCCCGGGGGGCUGAGGGGAGCUGGGCUUGGGCGGGGCUGGGCUGGGGCGAAGGAGAGCCCAGCCCGGGAGGCGGUGGGAGGAGGGAUGCGCCUGGCCCGCUAACAUUCCCGAGAGCAGGGCGAACCGACCCCCGGAGGAAUUCGGGUCCAGGGUGAGCCCCCAGCACUCGUGGGCCAGUCAGCCGCCUCCCACCUUCCCUCCACCCCCAGCCUCCCGCGGCGCUUCCAGCUCCCUCUCCCGCGUCUCAACCACAGCUUCCUCCUCGUUUUCCUCCUCUCUCCGGCCCGGGGGCCCGGCCCCGCCGAGAUGCUCUUCCACAGCUUGUCGGGCCCUGAAGUGCACGGGGUCAUCGACGAAAUGGACCGCAGGGCCAAGAGCGAAGCGCCAGCCAUCAGCUCAGCCAUAGACCGGGGCGAGACGGAGACGACCAUGCCGUCCAUCAGCAGUGACCGGGCCGCGCUCUGCGCGGGCUGUGGAGGUAAGAUCUCCGACCGCUACUACUUACUAGCAGUGGACAAACAGUGGCACAUGCGUUGCCUGAAGUGCUGCGAGUGUAAACUCAACCUGGAGUCGGAGCUCACCUGCUUCAGCAAGGACGGCAGCAUUUACUGCAAAGAAGACUAUUACAGGCGGUUCUCUGUGCAACGCUGUGCCCGUUGUCACCUGGGUAUCUCAGCAUCAGAGAUGGUGAUGCGUGCCCGGGACUUGGUUUACCAUCUCAACUGCUUCACCUGCACCACCUGCAACAAGAUGCUGACCACGGGCGACCACUUUGGAAUGAAGGAUAGCCUGGUCUACUGCCGGCUGCACUUUGAGGCGCUGCUGCAGGGUGACUACCAGGCCCACUUCAACCACGCCGAUGUGGCAGCGGCGGCAGCAGCGGCAGCGGCGGCAGCAGCCAAGGGCUCGGGUUUGGGCGCCGGCGGGGCCAACACCUUGGGCCUCCCUUACUACAACGGCGUGGGCACAGUGCAGAAGGGGCGGCCGCGGAAACGGAAGAGUCCAGGGCCUGGAGCGGACCUAGCCGCCUACAACGCAGCACUGAGCUGCAAUGAAAAUGACGGGGACCAUCUGGACAGAGACCAGCAGUACCCCAGCAGUCAGAAGACUAAGCGAAUGCGGACCUCCUUCAAACAUCACCAGCUGAGGACGAUGAAGUCCUAUUUUGCUAUUAAUCAUAACCCCGACGCCAAGGACUUGAAACAGCUCGCACAGAAAACGGGUCUCACCAAGAGAGUCCUCCAGGUCUGGUUUCAGAACGCCAGAGCUAAAUUCAGGCGGAACCUUCUACGCCAGGAGAACACAGGGGUGGACAAGACCUCAGACUCCACACUACAGACGGGGACCCCAUCGGGCCCAGCCUCAGAGAUUUCCAACGCAUCUAUGAGCCCCUCCAGCACCCCCACCACCCUCACGGACUUGACUAAUCCCACAAUGCCAACUGUGACGUCUGUCUUAACUUCCGUGCCUGGGAGCCUGGAGGGCCAUGAGUCCAGGAGUCCCACACAGACAACUCUUACAAACCUUUUCUGAUGACGCUUUCCCAAUAAUUUCUUUAAAAAAGAAAUUAUCCUUUAGUUGAAUUCCAAGUGUAUUUUAAAUAGAGGCUUUGAGCAACUAACUAACCACAUUUUAGGAUCUCGCCUGGAAACAGAGGGGGAAAAUGAGUGUUCUGGUAACUACAGAGUGUGGACUGAAAAUUAACUUGGAAGAUCUAUCCGCAACACAACAUUUGUGUAACUGUACAGUUUUGUGGACUGACUGAGCAAGGAAAACAAGAAUUAAUUUAAGUUGGCUAGAGCUUCUUGUAUUUCAAAGACUGCCACGUGCCUUAUAUACUGUUUUAUCUACA